AUGGGAGUCAACCAGCGCGUCAAGUACGUCCUCCGGCUGCCUUUCCUCACCAAGCGGGCCGAAUUGAAAGGCAAAGCUGUGAUGGACAUGGAAGACGACGCCGACCAUGACGAUACCGACGUCGAAGUCUACGCAACCCCCACAUUCCCCUACGACGAGGGCGAUCACAUACAUGUGGCGGUGAGGACGAAGGAACUUGGCCUAUCCAGCGCCAGCGCUAGCAGCAGCAGCAGCAGUUUUGGGUGCAGAGACAGCAGACGCACGAGGCUUGUGCGCAUUGCGAGCUGGGCCAGCAUCAAGGAUCACUGUCGAUGGACGAUGGAUCAGGAACGGGAGUUAGUCUUUGCGGAGGGGGAAUUGGCGCGAUGUCAAAAGGCUUGGAGCUCAGAGCAGGAGUUGUGGUUGGCAUAUAUCAAAGCCCUACAUGACGAAAAAGAAGCCCAUGAAGACUUCCUCCACCACCGCGCAAAGCAACUCGGUGACGAGCAGCAACAUUUCCGUAAAGCAUGGGACCGUAAUCGACGUCGGUCUUCACAAGAGCAGCAGUCUCCAGUAUCGCCAUCAUCACCACAUCCUUUUCCACAACCACUCACGCUGGCACAGAGGUCGGAUACGGGGAGUAGUAGGUUGGGGCGGUUUAGGAGGUGA